CACGUCUCCUUCCUGAGCAGUAUGACGGCUGCAUGGUCCCAUGGUGUUUAUACUUGCGUACUAUUGUUUGUACAGAUGAACGUGGUACCUUCAGGCGUUUGGAAAUUGCUCCCAAGGAUGAACCAGACUUGUGGAAGUCUACAAUAUUUUUUUCUGAGGUCUUGGCUGGUUUCUUUUUUAUUUUCCCAUGAUGUCAAGCAAAGAGGCACUGCAUUUGAAGUAAAAUGUUUCAACUGCAAAGCGGUCUCAGACACCUUUGACCCUUAUUUGGAUGUUGCUUUGGAAAUAAAGACUGCUCCCAGUAUCACAAAGGCUCUGGAACAGUUUGUUAAGCCUGAGCAGCUAGAUGGAGAGAAUGCCUACAGAUGCGCUAAGUGUAAGAAGAUGGUUCCAGCCUCUAAGAGAUUCACCAUCCACCGCAGCGCUAAUGUGCUCACCAUCUCACUGAAGCGAUUCGCCAACUACAACGGGGGCAAGAUCGCUAAGGAUGUGAGGUAUGCUGAGUGCCUAGACCUGCGUCCCUUCAUGUCUCAGUCCCACGGCGAGCCCCAGGUCUACGUACUCUAUGCUGUCCUGGUGCACUCUGGCUUCAGCUGCCACGCUGGACACUACUACUGCUACGUCAAGGCUAGCAAUGGCCAGUGGUACCAGUUGAAUGACUCCUCUGUGUUGGUCAGUGACAUUAGGUCAGUCCUCAACCAGCAGGCUUACGUCCUCUUCUACAUCAGGUCACCUGAUCGUUCUUCAGGAGGGGACUACAAUCACACGUGCCGGACACCGGGGCCCCUCGGCCAGUCGUCCCCCCGCCCCAUCCUCACACCCCGGGUCAACAUUGGGCCACGGCACACCAACACUGGCUUUAUAGGGCCACAGCUGCCCCCACACAUGGCCAAGAACCUCUUUCACGUCAAUGGGAAUGGCUCGCUAAGUGACUACCCCUCUGGCUCUAAGCCCAGCACCAGCAGUGACAGCAGCAUGGGAAAGACUAGCUACAGCCCGCUCGCCACCUCUUCCUCCCAUCCUCUCAGCCAUCCCACAGGCAUCCCUGACCCCGCCAAGCGCCAGAAGCUCUCCUUCUUCAUCGGUCAGGGUAAACAGAUCCCCCCCUCAUCAUCCUCUUACGUCCAGCCGUCCUCUUCGUCACAGUCUACAUCAGACAUGUCUAUGCCCCGGGAUCCCCACGUUAACGGCACUCCCUCCGGUAACAGAAACGGUCACGGGGCGUCGUUCCUGGUGCCGUACGGCCAGGAGUCGUCUGAAGAGUCGGACCAGGAGGGAGGCAGUGGUCUGGGGAACGGCACGGCAAAGCCUCACAUUAACGGGAGGAAGGGAGAGACCGUCUACGGCCCCGUCCCCAGAGUGCUGGCCCUCAAGACCAACGGCAUCGGUAACGGCCAAGCUACCAUGCACCGUAACGGGACCAACAGCUUCUCCAAACUCAGCCAGAACGGACACCACAACAUCAAUGACAUCAAACACCCUGAGAAGAUCCACGGUAACGGUCAUGCGAUGUCGCCCGGUUUGGGUUCCAGCAUGUCUAAUGGGGCGGAGGCUCACCACAGUGGCCCAAGCAAAGAGGUGUAUUGUGCCACCCCCAGCCAGGCCAGCACCUCUCAAGGCCUGCACAGUGCCGACAUCGACAGCCGCCUCUCCCUCACCCCAGAGAAAAUGGCUAAAACUCACUCUGGCUCCCUCCCUCACCACGCACCAUCAACCGCAGCUAAACCUUCAUCCUCAUUGGCUGAUGUUGGAGCUAAACCACUUACCGACGCCUUGAGGGAAUCCAGCUCCAACCCUGGGGUCUUAUUCCUCCAGCCCACCCCCCGCACCCUCAGUACCCCAGUCGCCCCAGCCCUCUCCGGACCAGGCCUGGGAGCCACGAAAGGCCUCGGAGCCCCACACAGGGGACCUGGGGAGGACGUCAUAGAGACCCAGAACAGCCCAGCUGCAGGGCUGGAUGGAAAGCCCAGCUCCAAAGAGGGAAGAGACCAGAUGUACUCUUCCGAUCGGGAGGAGAAAGGCAGGUUGAACUCUUCCGAUCGGGAUAAGGAGAAAGGCCGACUACAUUCUUCGGACCGCGAUAGGGAUCGAGACCGGCUGUACUUUUCUGACCGGGAUAAAGACAGAGAAGGGGAUAGGUACCACCGGGACAGGAGCCGUGAACGCAACCGGGACCAUGACUCAGACCGGCACCGGCGAGACCACCGAGACAGAGACUACCACCGGUCGUACCGGGACCGCUCGCUCAGCCGGGACAGACACCGGAACUGGGAGUCUGAGGCAUUCCUCUCACAGCGACGCUAUCACCCCAGAGAGAGGGACAGGGACCGCUGUCACCACCAUUACCACCACAGAACGAGAGAGGACAGGAAUAGGGACAGGAGGGAGCACAGCCACCACAGCCUCCCACACAGAGAGGAGCUUCAUGGACGCUCAAGGUGGAGGGAUGAAGGUAAAGAGAGGGGUUACCACCCUUCACAGGAGACCCCUCUGCCCACCCCACUGAGCUCCAGCACCAAGCCCAGUCAGUCCCUACCUCACCCAGCCCUUUCCCCAGCCAGACCAGCCCUGGAGAAACGACCCGAGCCUCACAGAGAGGAGAGAAAGGACAGCUCUGAGGAGCGUCGGGCCAAGAAACCCAAGAAGAGCAAGAAGAAGAAGUCCAAGGACAGAGAGAGGCACCGAGAGAAUAGGACCUUUGACGUGGAUUCCUCUGGCAGGGCAGCCGACGGCAGCAGUUCCUCCAAACACAAGAAAAGUAGGAGGUAUGACACUGACACGGAGGAUGAGAAGUCGGAGGGUGAGAUCCGCUCUACCCAGAGUUCCGAGGGGCACCGUGACCCCAAUGCCCCCCGGGAGGGUCGCAGGGCAAGCAGCAGUGACGAUGAGAGGGCGAGCAAGAAGCAACGUUACCAGGACGAUGGCUAUGACAACAGCUACCCCAAGAAACGGCAUCGCGCCGAUGACAACGACCGCUCCUUCUCCUCUCGUGAUGGAUCACCAACAGCAGCUCCUCAAAACGCAUCGCACUGCCACUUCAACAAACACACAGGUAAUGGCUUAGGUCAACCCAAUGGAAACUCCCACGAAUGUUCUACCAAUGGACUGUACAAUGACCUUAGACAGUAGAUUUUCUCUGUUCGACCAGAGACACAGAACAAUACUUGGAAUACUUUACUUUAAAUAUCAACCUUUAUAUAAAAGUGAAAUUCAACAGCAACAGGAAUGUCAUCCCAAAUAUUUGAACGUGGUGCUGUAUUAUUGGGAAUAUACUGUAUUUUUACCACGAGAAAUUAAGAUUCUACUAGAUUUUUUUUCAAAUUCACUCUUCAGCGGUGUACACUUGUCACUCAAUGUACAUUAUGAUGAAUAAGCUGCACAGUGGAAGACUCAGGACUUUGUUCAAACGAGACUUAUUCCUCCUCGGAGAACUGAUCAACUAAUCCAAAAAGAGGAAGACAAAUAGUUUUCUUGCCUAGGAGAUGAACUGUUUGUCACCAUUAUCCACAUAUCUGUAUAGGUGGAGGUAUAAAACCUCUCUCUGAUGGAGGGAAAUGUUAUGGAGUGAGUAGUGUCUGGAGGAGAAGGAGCUGGCCUGGGCCCCAUGCAGCUGGGCUGUUGUGACUAAGUGUGUACUUAACACAACUCCACCUACACUGGAGACUUCAGGACAGCUCUUUUUACUUUCUAAAGCCUAAGAUCAUCCCUCUGAAUCCUUCACAGGAGAAGAACGAUUUCCCUCGCUCUCACUGAGAUUUCCAAUUCUUUUAACUUUUUAUUCAAGCAUUUAAAAAAGCUGAACAAUAAUCAUGUUACCACUUAUGGCUUUGGACCUGUGUUUCUGCUUUUUUUAUUUUUUAUUCUGUUUUCUAGCAUCCAUAAGAAAUACUGUGAAUUUAAUUUUGAACUGUACUAUCAGUUUUUUUAUACAUAAGUCCUGUAUCAGGAAUACAAAUAGAGAAUAGUUUUGUUUUAGAGAAUUACCACAACGUAAUUUAGACCUUGUUCUAUGGACACAAGUCAGUGAAAUGGGUAGGAUGGUUUGCUUGGGUUUUUUUCUAACUAAAAAGACAAAUUUUUAGUUCUACAAUAGCAUGUCAAAUUUAUACAUUGUACAGGGUAUAUAAAAGCCAUAAAUACAUUUGCUAAUGUCAAAGUAACUCAUCUUACUUUGUUUACACACAUUGUUUGUUGGAGUGAAAGUUGUUGAUUAACUGGGCAUGUACACACCGAUGGGAAUAGUGUCUGCCUUUGUAUUGGACGGAUGAAGUCCGUUCUCUGAAUUUUGGUAAAAGAUUUUGCAUAUGAGUGAUUGUUUAAUUGAUUGCUUUUAAGCUCGUCAGAUAAGACUGUUGAAACACUCUGGAUUCAAGGCCAACAGUCGUAAGGUCAUUUUUCAUAUUGUUUCAAGGUUACACAAUGACAGUGAGGGAGUUCAAACCAGGACCUGGGUACUCAGUUCAUAGUCACAUGUCAGACUGGUCAGUGACACAGGAGAAUAUCUGAACAUUCUAUUUUAUUCAAAAUCCUCACGAGUUGAAAGGCUCCUGCAAUGCUGAGAAUCUUGUGAACUUUUACACAACUUGGACCUGUAGAAAGUUCACUGAUCUGUCAGUCUCACCCUGGGGCGCUCUUUAGUCUGGAUCACUGAAGAGUUACAGAAUGCGCGAUAGGUAAUUUCCGAUUAAGCCGACACGUGUGUUCACCGUACAUGCAGUCACCACUAACGCAGGAACGUUGCCUUUAAAUUUCAAUCAUGACACUGAACUUCAGCGAUACAGAUUGAGUAGAGCCCCUAGUGAGAAGUUGUUUCACCAUGUGAAACCCAGCUGGCUUGGCUGUUACGUCAUUAUCUGUUUAUCUUCCUCCAUUUGCUCUUAGGAGUUGGAGUUCUUCCACUGCAGUAUGUACUCUGUAAUGCUCAACUUUAAGCAGGUGUAGGCUAGCCAUAACUUUUACAUGCUACAGAAACACAAAUUAUAAACAUUAUGUACAGUGUAUAUACACACACAAUGUAAAGAUGAAAAAAACAUUUUUGUAAUUAGAGAAAAUAUGAAAAACAAAUUAUUUAUAGCAGUGGACUUUGAAUCAAUACAUAAACUAGUUUUAGAUAACUGCCCCACAAACAUGACAAUGUAUUAUAGCUCUAAGACAAAAUGGUGUCACAUCUCCUUCACCACAGAGAUCUCUCUGGCAUGGGCAUCUCAUUGUUAAACAGAAACUGAAAAAAAAUAAAAACCAUCCCUAUUG